AUGACCACUCCUCUCGUGGGCAACAUCACCACAAACUACGACCGGAGCCGUCGUAUGUCCGGUGCCUCUCCUGACAACCAGGCCACGGACUUCCCUUAUCUGGAUCGAACCAUGUCUUCGGGCGGUGGGGUCGUCGUCGACGAGAGCCAGAAUGUCAACCGGGAAAUCCAGCACCUUGCUCGUCAAUAUUCCCGCGUCUCGACCACCGCAGAGCCUAACUACCAUCCCUUUGAUGAAGCGAGCGUCGGCACCGAGAUUGAUCCCAACUCGGACAACUUCAAUGGCAGGGCCUGGACAAAGGCCAUGCUGAAGCUUCAGAAGCAGUCCGGCCAAAAUGUCGGUCGAACUGCCGGGUUUGCCUUUCGCAAUCUCUCAGCCUUCGGCUACACCAAGGGCAGUGACUUUCAGAAGACGGUCGACAAUUAUCCUCUGGCUCUGGUGGACAUGGCACGAGGCCUCUUCGGCCACAAGGGUCAACGCGUGGACAUUCUGCGAAAUUUCGAAGGGGUGGUGCAGCCGGGCGAAAUGCUCGUCGUCCUCGGCCCUCCUGGCUCCGGUUGUUCCACCUUCCUCAAGACGAUUACUGGCGAGACUCAUGGUUUCAACCUCAGUGAAGAUUCUUACAUCAACUAUCAGGGCAUUAGCUACAAGACAAUGCACAAUAACUUUAAAGGCGAAGCUAUCUACACCGCAGAGCAGGAUGUGCAUUUCCCCAUGCUAACCGUCGGCGACACUUUGCUCUUCGCGGCCCGAGCUCGCACGCCGCAGAACAUGAAGCUGCCCCCGGGCGUCACCAAGGCGAUGUACGCAGCUCACAUACGGGACGUGGUUAUGGCCGUCUUCGGUAUCAGACACACCAUUAAUACGAAGGUCGGCAAUGACUUCGUCAGAGGCGUCAGUGGUGGUGAAAGAAAGAGAGUGUCCAUUGCGGAAGCAACAUUGAGCAACGCCCCUCUCCAGUGUUGGGAUAACAGCACGCGAGGUCUUGAUUCAGCCAACGCCAUCGAGUUCUGCAAAACGCUUCGGACCUCGACAGACUUGAAUGAAACGACCGCGGCUGUAGCUAUCUACCAGUCGCCACAAAGUGCCUAUGACUAUUUCGACAAGGUUCUGGUUCUCUAUCAAGGGCGUCAGAUUUUUUUCGGUCGCACGACCGAAGCUCAGAAAUACUUUGAGGAUAUGGGCUUCGAAUGCGCCAAGCGCCAAACGGUCCCUGAUUUUCUUACCUCUAUGACCAACCCGAUUGAACGCCUUGUCAAGAAGGGAUACGAAUCGCGAGUACCGCGCACGCCAGACGACUUUGCUGAACGGUGGCAACAGAGCGAAGCACGACAGAAGAUGUUGCAGGAACUCGAUGCCUUCGAAAAGGCUAAUCCCAUUGGGGGACCCAACCUCCAAGCCUUCCAACAGUCCCGUCGGAUCCAACAGUCAAAAGCCCAACGGAAGUCUUCGCCAUACACCUUGUCGUAUGCAGGUCAAAUCAGAUUGUGCUUGUGGCGGGGUUUCAAGCGACUCAUGGAUGAUCCUGCCAUUACCCUCACUCAGCUUUUCGCCAACUGUAUCAAUGCUCUCGUGGUUUCUUCCUUGUUUUAUAACCUGCCGGCGGACACCGACUCACUCCGGUCUAGAAGCUCACUCAUCUUUUUCGCGGUAUUGCUCAACGCCUUUGGCAGCGCUCUGGAGAUUCUCACACUCUACGCACAGCGCCCGAUUGUUGAAAAGCACCAACGAUACGCACUUUACCACCCGUCCGCCGAGGCCGUCGCGUCCAUGCUCACAGACGUUCCUUCAAAGACUCUCAACGCCAUUGGCUUCAAUUUGAUUCUUUACUUUAUGACAAACCUUCGACGGACUCCUGGUGCCUUCUUUUUCUUCUUGUUCACCUCCUACAUCUUGACCUUCACCAUGAGCAUGUUGUUCCGCUUCAUUGCGUCGGUGUCGAGAUCUCUGGUGGAAGCCUUGGUUCCAACUGCUGUGUUAAUGAUCGCCAUUGUUGUGUACACUGGUUUCGUUAUUCCUGUGGACUACAUGCAUGGGUGGGCUCGAUGGAUGAACUACGUCAAUCCGACAGCAUAUGGGUUUGAAAGUCUGAUGGUGAAUGAAUUCCACAAUCGUGAAUACCCGUGUUCGACAUUCGUGCCUCCAGCGCCACAGUUUGGAAACGGCUCGACCACGUCUCAAAUUUGUACUGUUGUUGGAUCCGUGGCUGGCCGAACCUUUGUCGAUGGCGACAAUUACAUCAACAUCUCGUACAAAUACUUUGCGGGCCACAAAUGGCGGAACAUUGGCAUCUUGUUCGUGUUCAUGAUUGGACUUUGCGUUAUGUACUUGGUUGCGACCGAGACUGUAAGCGCCAAGAAGUCCAAGGGUGAAGUGCUUCUCUUCCGCCGUGGCCACAAACCAGCAUUCUUGAAACAACAGGCCUCUGACAUGGAAUCGGGUGGCUCCGAUCCGAACCUGGUUGCGCUCGAAAGGAGACAGACGAAAGACGAACAAUUGACACGACAAGUCAGCGCUGUGAUCCAGAAGCAGACUGCCAUCUUCCAGUGGAAGGAUGUCUGUUACGACAUCAAGAUCAAAGGCCAACCACGUCGGAUUCUCGAUCAUGUUGAUGGUUGGGUCAAGCCCGGAACCAUGACAGCUCUAAUGGGUGUUUCAGGUGCGGGCAAGACCACCUUGCUCGACUGUCUCGCAACACGUGUGACCAUGGGUGUUAUCACGGGCGAAAUGCUGGUCGAUGGAAGACAACGGGAUGAGUCCUUCCAGAGAAAGACAGGCUACGUGCAACAGCAGGACUUGCAUCUUGAAACCAGUACCGUACGCGAGGCAUUACGUUUCAGCGCCCUCUUGCGACAACCGAGAGACACGCCUCGGCAGGAAAAGAUUGACUACGUCGAAGAGGUGAUCAAAUUACUGGACAUGCAGGAGUAUGCUGACGCUGUGGUCGGCGUACCAGGUGAAGGUCUCAAUGUGGAACAGCGCAAGCGGUUGACGAUCGGAGUCGAACUUGCCGCUCGACCACAACUCCUUCUCUUCCUCGACGAACCGACAUCCGGUCUGGAUUCGCAGACUUCCUGGUCUAUUUUGAAUCUGCUCGAGAAGCUCACCAAAGCUGGCCAAGCUAUCCUAUGCACAAUUCACCAACCGUCCGCCAUUCUCUUUCAAAGAUUCGAUCGACUCCUGUUCCUUGCGGCCGGUGGCAAAACAGUGUACUUCGGUCCAGUUGGCAAGGACUCUGAUAUCCUGAUUGACUAUUUCCAAAGGAACGGCGCUCAUGAAUGUCCCCCAGGCGCUAAUCCUGCCGAAUAUAUGCUCGAGGCAAUUGGUGCAGCCCCCGGAUCUCAUUCCGAUAUCGAUUGGUUCCAAGUCUGGCGCAAUUCACCCGAAUAUCAAGAGGUGCACCGAGAAUUGGAAGAAAUGAAAAUCGAACGAUCUCAAAUGGUGGCUGUAACUUCGCCGAACAAAGCAGACUAUUUCGAAUUUGCCGCGCCGUUCACGGUGCAAUUCUGGGAAACACAGAAACGGGUUUUCGAGCAAUAUUGGCGAACCCCGGAGUAUGUCUACUCCAAGCUUCUACUAUGCUGCCUCACGGGUCUGUUUAUCGGCUUCUCGCUCUUCAAGGCUCCGAAUACCCAACAAGGGCUUCAAAACCAGCUCUUUGGCAUUUUCAUGCUGUUGGUCCUGUUCUCACAGCUCGUGCAACAAAUUAUGCCUCUCUUCGUCACACAGCGCAGUCUCUAUGAAGUGCGUGAGCGACCUUCAAAGUCCUACUCAUGGAAGGCCUUUAUGCUGUCGAACAUUCUCGUCGAACUUCCGUGGGCAACGUUGGGAGCAGUGAUUUUGUUCUUCUGCUGGUAUUAUCCCAUUGGGCUGUACCAAAACGCGACAUACACCAACUCUGUGGCCUCUCGUGGCGCCACGCAAUUCUUGUUCGUGCUGGAGUUUCUCCUGUUCAGCAGCACCUUCGCACAUAUGAUGAUUGCCGGGAUUGCAACAGCAGAGACCGCCUCCAACAUCGCAAACGUCCUAUUUUCGCUCUGUCUUCUGUUCAACGGCGUCUUGGUCGGUCCCAAGGCCAUGCCCGGAUUCUGGAUCUUCAUGUACCGAGUGAGCCCCUUUACGUAUCUUGUCGAAGGACUUCUCAGCACGGGAAUCGCCGACGCACCAGUUACCUGUGCCGCCAACGAGUACCUCCACCUCACCACGCCUGCCGGCCAAACAUGUGGCCAGUAUCUCGACCCUUUCAUCAGGGAAGCGGGCGGCUACCUCCUGAACUCGAACACGACAGAGUGCCAGUUCUGCACGGUCAACAGCACCAACACCUUUUUGAGCUUGGUGAGCAUCUCGUUUGCGCACAGAUGGCGAGAUUUCGGCAUCUUGUUUGUGUACAUCGCCUUCAACGUCUUCGCGGCCGUCGCCAUCUAUUGGCUGGCCCGUGUGCCCAAGGGCAAGAAGUACGCGGGCAAGGACGCCGACAAGAGUAAGGCGCUGGUGAAGACUCUGAGCAAUGCAAGCCAGGGACAACAACCACACGGCACCAGCGGGAACCACGAGAAGAGUCCUGCUGUGCUCGGCGGCGGUGCGUCGUCGGAGAAAGACCGCCGCACGACCCCGUCCACGGACGACUCGGACAUCGAGAGUGACCGGUCUAGUCAGGAAAAAGGCCCGUCGUACACGACCGAGAAGAAAGCCGAAGUUCAUGAGUCAGAGAAGCCGUCGACGCAGCCGAGCGAAGUCACCGCCAUGCCCUCGUCCGCCGGAAUCCCAAGAGAAGCAGAGGCCGCCGCCGCGACGGGGACGGCAGAGAGACCGGCCACGGAACGCUUCAUCACGGCGCCGGAGUUCUGA